UCCAAGCAGCUUCAGCACAAGUUCAUUUUGGUUUUUUUCCAUCCUCGAAGUUCAGAGAUCGUAUUCUUAACCGCCACGCCAACCAUGCCUUCACAUAAGACUUUCAUGAUCAAGAAGAAGCUGGCCAAGAAGAUGAGGCAGAACAGGCCUAUCCCUUACUGGAUCCGCUUGCGAACCGAUAACACCAUCAGGUACAAUGCGAAGCGUCGGCACUGGCGCCGCACCAAGCUAGGGUUCUAAGCUCUAUGGGUUUAUUUAUUCAAGCUAUUUUUCUGCUUGUUGCCAAGUUAUUUCUAGACAUUUUAAUUUUGCCGUGGAUAUUGGAAACUAUGGGCUGAUGACAAUACUUGGUAAUUGUUUCAAU